GGUAAACUAGUUCGUUUUCGGUUACCUAGACAUAUACAGAAGGAAUUCUAAUACCUCCUCAACUCCCUGUGCGACUCUAGAUCGAAAGGCGCUCAGCGUGUCCAGAAUGAGCUACAAGGCGUUGUUUUUCUUGGUUUCAGUUUUCUUCAACACUAGCUAUGCUGAGAUCAGCUUGGCUAACUUCACCGACUGUACUCUUACGGAGUACCUCUGCGAUACGCGAAAGUGCAUGACACAAUUCGUCAAAAACGUUCAAAAUGACCCCAAAGGAGACUGUGGAGUUCAGUACAACGAAACCCUAGCUUGCAUUAUUAUGUCGAACAAGAUUUGUGGCAGAGAGCAUCCAAGCGACUUAUUCAACAUGACGUUGGAUGAUUCGUUACGUGCAGGCAUCAGCGAGGACCACAUGUGUAACGAGGCCUUUUUGGGUGAAUUUCUCGUUCCCAUGGAUCGACGCAGACUGGACUGGCACUGCUCAAGUGUGUUUGUGAAUAACACAGAAACGUGUUUAAAAACUUUCCAUGAUAAGUUUAUGGCUGACAGAUCGGACGCCACUCUUUGCGAGGAACAUGCUGAAGCAAAAAAAUGUUGGAUGGAGGCCAUUGAGUCCGACUGCAAAUCUCCUUCUGAUUUCUUUGAUAUGCUAAAAUUUGAAUUGGUCGACUACAAUCCUUUCUGCGCCAACAAUCGGGAUCCUGGGGCGACCGGAAAUGAUCAGUGCCGUGGCGUGAGGGACAUAAAAAAUCCCUUCAAUCGAAAAGACGUCAGUGCAGCCGCUGGUAUAAAGAUUAAUGCAUCGCUGGCUCUGCUUCUUCCCCUUGUGUCAUUCUUGUUCGCUCCUAAGGUUUAAUAGAAUCAAAAAGAUACUCUCGGGGCAUUUCCAGAUUUUUAUAACUAUAUUGUCAUGCAUUAAGAUUUAACUGUAACUUUCUUCUUUAAGCACUGGACAUAGUGGUCGAACAGAUAUGUAAAUUAUAGUGAUGUAGAUUGGCACCAUAAUGAGUUUGUAAAAUUGAAGUUUCAAUUUUUUUAAUUUCUAUUUUUUAUUUCUAAGGCUGACGUUUCAAGCGUAAGCCCUUCGUCUUUUCAUUCCAAUGAAUGGCUAACGCUCGAAACCUCAGCUCUACGAAGUCUUUAGAACGCUUAUUGGAUGGAGGGCGCUUAAUAGAGAGGGUGCUUAUUCAUCGUCGACUUUUCAAAAAUAUCCUGAUAACUUAAUUAAUUAUCAUAGAAAUUGCUAAAAUUACUACUCCUCGAAGACUAGAGAAUGCUCUAGAUGUUCCUGGGAUGUUUAUGGUAUUUACCACGAGCACGGCAAUAGCACAAAAAUUAAAAUGAACAGCAAGAACAUGAGGUGACUUAAUAGAAAAGAAACUAUUAACCCGUAUUUCCGCUGUAGUUGAAGCUCAAAAAGUUAUAAAUAA